AUGAGAAGCGAAUCGCGUUGCGUGCUGUCUGCCACGGCGACUCGUAGCAGAAAGACACGGUUCACUUUAGCCUCAGAGCUACGAUUCGCCGCCGCUGCGAGUCACGUGCAUGUCAGAAAGGCACCAAAGACCACCAACCGCCCGGAUGAGUGGAUGAUUGAGCAGGGCAUGUCCGGCGCUGUGGUGCCCGCCCUAGACAUGAGGUCUGGCACGACAGUCAAACUUCCCGUUCAAACAUUUGGUGAGCUCACCAAGGAUGAAGAGGCCAUCCGGACGAUGGGCCACCGCGACAAGCUGUUCGCUGCAGAGAGGAAAGGAUGGAAAGGGUUUGUCGAGUGGGGGGACGCUCCCGAGAAGCGCGAGGCAGCACACAUAAUCUUGACAGCUCAGACAUUUCCACCCAAUCCCGAGUAUCAGUUCAAACCCAUCCCUCCCACAAACCCUGUGCUGCCCGGCACUCGUUGGAAGAUGUGGCAUCACGCCAUCGGAAGCGAGCUGACGGAUGCGCCGUCCGACUCGUGGGAGCUUGUAGGCAAGGAGAAGCACCCGGACAUGCUGCAUCUGCUCCAGUUCCCCUACAUUGCUGAGCCGCCCAAGCACCUGGUCACCGAGGAUCUCAUGACGCCCAACUCGCUGCACUUUGUCCGGAAUCACGGCGGCAUUCCCGUCAUCGACAAGGAGCACUACAGCUUUCAGCUCGAUGGUCUGGUGGCUCACCCUCAGUCCUUCACCCUGGACGACCUCAAGGACGAGUCCAGGUUUCCGCGCAUGGAAAAGACUGUUGCCAUGCAGUGCUCCGACACGCGCCGCAUUGAACAGAUGCUCAAAAACCCCGGACAGGGCGGCGAGGUGCCGCAGGCUCCGUGGGCAGAAGGUGCCAUUGGAUGCGCCCAUUACGUCGGCAUCAGUCUGAAAAAGGUCAUCAAGGCCUGCGGAGGAUUAGACAACAAGCCCAUGAACUAUGUUGCCAGCGUGUCUUGGUCCAAAGUCAAAGCCAGCGAGGUCAUGCUCGCAUGGGACAUGAACGGCCAGGGCUUGCCGCGCAUCCACGGCUACCCCCUCCGCAUCAUGGUGUUUGGCUACAUUGGUGCCCGCUGCGCCAUUGCGAGGCCCUCGCGGGCCCCCAUGCAGAGCCAGGAGUACCUGUACUUCCCCCAGCAGACGGGCAAGCACAACCUCAAGUUCACCGACGGCAUCCAGAUCCAGGAGACGCCCGUCAGCUCAGCCAUCAUGUCCCCGUGGACCAAGCAGGUUGUCCUCCACCACGGCACCAUUCGCUGUCAGAGAUGGGCGUACUCGGGCGGCGGCCACUGGUCCCAGAGCGUCGAGCUGUCCAACGAUGGGGGGUUCAACUGGUAUGCGGCUCCCGAGGCGAACCUAUCCAAGAAGCACAAUCCCCUCAACACGCAGCUUCCCGAGGUGCGCACGGCCUGGAACUGGGGGCUGCAUGUGACGAGCUCGUGCCAUCGUAUCAUGGUGUACAGCGUGAAUGCCUCCAGGCCGGCGACGCAGAAGAGGCUGAAUGAGUUUGAGACCAAGGGCAUCCCCUUUGCGCCUGUCAUGGUGCCCUUAGCGUUUCCGCCGCAGACGGAGUCCGAGUAUGAGGAGUACUGGAAGGAGCAUGACCCGCGUGAUGCGGAGGAUGGUUAG